AUGAGGAGCGACGUAACGGAGGAGCAAAAGGCUGGCGUCCGCGCCCCCUCGACAGUCCUCCUCAUCCCGCUCCCGUUCCAGGCCGAGUCUUUGAGGUGUCUUAAGGUAUUCAUGUCACGCACACGCACCUCCGCACCCACCACGGGGGUGGAGGUGGUGGAGCUAAUAGCGGUGGUGGAGGAGGUAAUAGCGGUGGUGGAGGUAAUAGUGGUGUUGGAGGUGGUGGAGGUAUUAGUGGGGGUGGAGGUGGUGGAGCUAAUAGCGGUGGUGGUGAAGGUAAUAGCGGUGGUGGAAGUAAUAACGGUGGUGGUAUUAGCAGUGGUGGAGGUAAUAGCGGUGGUGGAGGUAUUAGUGGGGGUGGAGGUGGUGGAGCUAAUAGCGGUGGUGGUGAAGGUAAUAGCGGUGGUGGAAGUAAUAACGGUGGUGGUAUUAGCGGUGGUGGAGGUAUUAGCGGGGGUGGAGGUAGUGGAGCUAAUAGCGGUGGUGGUGGAGUUUGCAGCCGCCUCCAGCUUCAGCUUUUGCAGGCCAGCUGUGGAGUACCGAGCCCUGCCCGAGGACUUCAAGCACCAGCUGAGCUGGCGGACGGGAGGGAACCUCACCUGGCAUGACGGACGGGGGCAGAAGGCAGCGGGAGGCCGGACGGUGAAGCUGCUCCAGCAGCCGGGUACCGAAGCCCUGCAGUAUCGCUCCAACAACAGCCACGGCAUCUACCACACGAGUCCCACUCAGCCGAGCCUGAUCCGGCCCGUGGUGUUGUGGUCUCAGCAGGACGUCUGCAGGUGGCUGAAGAAACACUGCCCACACAACUACCUGGCCUACGUGGAGGCCUUCUCACAUCACGCCAUCACAGGGCGUGCACUCCUGCGUCUGAACGGGGAGAAGUUGGAGAGGAUGGGGCUGGUGCAGGAGACUCUGCGGCAGGAGCUCCUGCAGCAGGUGCUGCAGCUGCAGGUGCAGGAGGAGGGACGCAACCUGCAGCUCCUCAGCAGAGGUUAG